UGAAGGUAGAACAACAAGAGCCUCGUGGACACCUCUCCUCGAUAGUUUCUCAACAGAAAUCUUUAAAAUCAUCUUCUCUGCCUCAUCAUGGACUCCCAAGACUCUUCAUCACUUACUAAACUUAUUCUCAACAACUUUAUAGUACAGGGAAAACCUCGAGCACAACAAGGGAAGGUUUGUGUGAUCAAGAAGUUACUACGGACGGUCAAGAAGUUACGUGAAAAGAAGGCUGAUAAUGACCUCAUAAAAGCAAAAUUUAAUCGUAGGGCUGAGAAACUUGUGGAGGAAGUCAUGAUCCUUAAGCGCAUUGCUCCGAUUGAUAUAAUGAAGUUCAUCAUCCUGAAUAAGAAAUCAUUCACAGCAGUUGCAAGUAAUCCAAAGGCAAAAAUAGAGGAGAGAGCAUUGUGUCGUCUUGCUACACACAAAGGCAUUAGUGCUAUCAUUAAUAAAUUUCGAGAGCAGUAUCCGAAGUGGGCAGAAGAGGUUCCAGUCUUACUCAAGGGUCUUGGAAUUCUUCAUCGAAAAAAGAAGUUGGAGAGAUUGAAGCGGAGGGGCAAGUUGGAAAAGUAUCUGGAAAAGGAGCAACGCUCUCUCAAGCUUCUGCAAGAACUAACUAAUAUUGAUAUAGACCCAAAGAUCAUUAAGGGGGCUAUUGAUAUGUCAGAGGAAAUUAAAAAGGAAAAAGCUAACAGCAAAAGUAGAAAGAGAAAGAAGGAGGGGAAUAUGACACCAAAAGUAGUAAAGAGAAAAUUGGAGGAAACAGAAAAGAAUAAAAUAUAUGUAGAGAAUAUUAGCAAAGGAAAUAACAUAGAAAUGGGAGAAAGUGGUAGUAAAAAGAGCGGCAGUUUAGAUGAUGAUACUGAUGAUGCAAGUGAUGAUAAAACUACUGAUAAAAAGCUAAAGAAAAUAGAAAUUAUUAGAAAGAAAGCUAUAAGUGAAGAUGAUAACAGUAAUUGCGAAGUUAAUGUUGGCGAUACAUCAGAUUGUGAAGAUAAUGUUGGUGAUACAUCAGAUUUUGUAGUUCAAAGCUUAAGUCAGAACUUACAACAUAAAGAGCAGACAGGGAAUAAUUCUGAAAGCAAAGAUGAAAGCAGCAGUGAAGAGGAGUUAGAACAUAGUGAUUCUUACAGUGAGAGUGGUGAGGAUGGACUGACAGUUACUACAGAAUGUAGAAAUGUAGAGAACCCUUCCAUUAGCAAGGUUUCUAAAGCCUCAAGGAUUGCAGAAGUGAAGCAGUUGGACCUCAAGAACAUUGAUGGAACUAUUGAAGGAGAUCACAGUAGUGUCGUUUCUGAUUCUGAAGAUGAAGCUUUUUUCGUAGGAAAAACAGCAUCCAAAAAAAAUAAAAAGAGCAAAAAAAGCAGUUUCUUCUUAGGAUCCGGAAACUGCAGCGAAGAUUUAGAAGACAGUGAUGAGGAAUCAGAAGGUGAAGACAGAGGACAAAGACCUGCCAAGGAAUCCUACAGUAAUGCUGAAGAUUCUGAUGAUAUAGACACUGGCAAAUAUCUUAGAAUGAAUAUGUUCAGACUGAAUUGCAGUAGGAGAGGUGCAGACCGAGGACGUGGGGGGAACAGAGGACGAGGUAGUGGCAGGGGACAUACAGUGGAUAGAAGUAGAGUUUGGGACAGAGGACAGAGCAAAAACAGAGGGUGGGGAGGGAACUGGGAAAGAGGCAGUGGCAGAAGAGAGGAAAACUGGAAAAGGGUGAUUGGAGAGAAUUAUGAAAAUUCUUCCAAGAUUGAGAGAAAUCAUGGAGAUUUUAAAAAUAAAGAAAAAGAAGUUCGAAGAGGUAGAGAGAGAGAUUACAACUGGAAUGAAGAGAGAGAAAUUGGAAGAGGAGGCCGAGGCAAUAGAAGAGGUGGCCGAGGAAUUGCAGGAAAUGAAAAACACAGAAGAGGAACAUUUAACCAGGAGUCAGGCAAUAGGUUCCAAAACCAAGGAGCAAGAAGAGAAAAUGGAAGACAGUUUUCAUGGAAAAGGUAUGCAUUUUAUUUUAUUUGAGCCAUGUCUUUUAUC